AUGCGCGGCACUAGGAACAAGACGUUGGAGGAGAUCGCCCAGGCGGAAGACUCCAACGAUGAUGACUACGACGAUGCGGCUCCGGGCCCAUCAAAGCAUCGUCAUUCGAGACGGGGUGCGCCGAAAGGCGUAAGGAGGAAGCCAUGGAGAGGCUAUAAGGGCUCGGACGUCGACAGCGACAGUGAAGAAGUGCUCAGUGACGACUCCGGCUCCUUCGGAGAGUCAGAAGAUGAAGAAGUCGAGACCAAUGAAAACGGCCGACCCGUGCGGAAUAGUGUCAAGAAAGCCAUCACUUACGAGGAAGGCUCAAGUGACGAAGACGACGAACUGAUCGAGGACGAUCCAAAGCCGCGGUCUUCUCGGCCUCGCACUCCCAGAAAGAGCGAGCUCAAGAUCACAUUCAAAGUUGACUCAGAAAAGCUGUCCAAGAUGGUCAAUCGACCCGCUCGAUCCACUCGAACUGGUAGCCGUCAAUCGACGCAGCCACCAGGCCCACCUGCUCGUCGCAGCAGUCGCAUCUCUCACGACGAAGACGAGCCUCUCGUUGCCUUGACGAACUCUGGCAAUCACGUGCAAGAAGUCCGGGAAGGCUCAAGAGGCCCAGAACCCGCUUCCUCACGUCCGACGAGAGGUGGCAAAGGUCUCAAGCAUCCUUCGAAAAGUACCAUCGACGAGGACACCGAGCCGAAUUCUCAUGACACGAAAGAGGCGGAAGACUACGAGGUCAAAGCGUCACAACACGAAGUAGCCGACAGUGAUCCUCAGACCCAAGCUGAGCCCGAUGCCACAGAGCUGCCUCGCCUCAUUAGUGACCUACAAAAAGAAGCCGCUGUCGAGCCAGAGUCACCAGAUCCGCUCCAGAAUCAGAAUCCUCGCAUCUCGAUCAAUGAUGUGGAGGACGAAGAGGAAGAUGACGAAAAGCCUGUCUUGCGUGGUAGAACCACUCGCGCAGCCAACAAACGAAAGGCAGACUCCGACCCUCCAGAAUCACCGCAGGGUCCAGUGAAGCGACUCCGCCGCAAUUUGCGAAGUGCGAAUGCGAGUGGCUCCCGGCGGCGGCGUACAAAUGAGGAAAGCUCUGACUUUGAUCCUGCAGAGGAGCAAGAGAAAGACGAGCAGCUUUCAGGUUCUUCUGAGUCCGAGCCAGCACAACGCAAGAGAAGCGCCCGAUACGACGAUUCUUCCAGCAAUGGUGGUCGCCGCUCAACUCGACUUCGGCGGAGUCGGAAUGCGUCUCGGCAGGCAUCUGUCCCCAGUGAAGGCGAAGAUGAGCUGGCUGCAGAAAUUGCCGAGCUCAAGCGCGAUGGCAGAAAGCCAAAGCCUGCCAGAGAAGAGAUCACCUACGAGCCAAGAGGUCGACGUGGUGGAGCAAAGCCGAAUUACAACCUGCUGCGGAUAGCGCCCCUGGAAGAGGAGGAAGAAGUGGCUGCUCCAUCGCCUUCGCAACAGCGAGGGCGGGGAAGGCCUGGGGCAGGCAGCUGGCAGAGGAGUCUAUUCAAUACCUACGGUCCCUUUGGCGGCGCUGGCGGGCCUGCACCAGUACUUGGCGGCGGUAUCGCACCUCGUGCCCAGGGUGACGUCGACUCCGACUCGAGCGACGAUGAAGUGAUGAAGCAGCCGCGUCCGCAGGUCGGAGGUGCGGUUGGCAUGACGCCUACGACAGCUGGACCAGCUGGAGGCUUCAAUCUCUUCCCUGGACUGGGUGGAGCAGACCAAGCACCUGCUGGGACGCCAGCAAACCUUGGUAAAGUCAAGGACAAGCAAGCUUUGGCUGAUGCUGACCCGCUCGGCGUGGACCAGAAUGUCACCUUUGACGGCGUCGGUGGUCUCCAGGGCCACAUUGAUCAGCUCAAGGAAAUGGUUGCGUUACCUCUCCUGUACCCAGAGAUUUUCAUGAGGUUCAAAAUUACACCGCCGCGUGGUGUGCUCUUCCACGGUCCUCCUGGAACGGGUAAAACAUUGCUUGCUCGGGCACUGGCAUCUAGUGUCAGCUCCCAGGGACGCAAGGUUACCUUCUACAUGAGAAAAGGUGCCGAUGCCCUCAGCAAAUGGGUUGGUGAGGCCGAGCGACAACUACGACUCUUGUUCGAAGAGGCUCGCAAGAACCAGCCCAGUAUAAUAUUCUUCGACGAGAUCGAUGGUCUGGCACCCGUACGUUCGAGCAAACAAGAGCAGAUCCACGCGUCCAUCGUGUCGACCCUGCUCGCGCUAAUGGAUGGUAUGGACGGACGAGGUCAAGUCAUUGUCAUCGGCGCGACCAAUCGACCUGACUCGAUCGAUCCGGCACUUCGAAGACCUGGCCGUUUCGACCGCGAGUUCUACUUUCCAUUGCCCAAUACUGAAGCUCGAAAGGCGAUUAUUGAUAUUCACACGAAGGGCUGGAGUCCACCUCUUGCGCCAGAUGUGAAGGUCGAGCUUGCAAAGCUUACGAAGGGGUACGGUGGUGCAGACCUGCGCGCCUUGUGCACAGAAGCAGCGCUCAACGCCGUACAAAGAAGAUACCCACAGAUCUACUCUUCGAACGAGAAAUUGCUGAUUGAUCCUACGACGAUAGAGGUCACGCCGAAAGACUUCAUGUUGUCAGUCAAAAAGAUGGUACCUUCGUCAGAGCGGUCGGCUUCUUCGGGAGCCGCAACGCUUCCUCCCAGCGUUGCUCCACUGUUACAGAGACCUCUCGACAAGAUUAUCAAGAUUGUCGACGACAUCAUGCCACGAAAGAAGAUCACAACUGCCCUCGAGGAAGCACAGUUUGAGGACACGUCUGAGGGGCAGUCCUUUGGCCGAGAACGCAUGCAACAAGCAUUCGAGACAUCUCGGGUGUUCAGACCGCGCAUGCUCGUGCAUGGUCGCACCGGAAUGGGUCAACAGUACCUUGCUGCAGCAUUACUGAAUCACUUCGAAGGCUUUCAUGUCCAAAAUCUCGAUCUCUCCACAUUGUAUGGCGACACGACAAGCUCGCCUGAAGCUACCAUUAUUCGCUUGUUCUCAGAAGUCAAGACACAUAAGCCUAGUGUCAUCUACAUCCCAAAUGUACAAGAAUGGUACCGGAUGCUCGCUGCAACUACGGCACUUCCGACCUUUAUUGGCCUGCUUCGAUCUAUCAAGCCCACCGAUCCGAUUCUCGUCCUGGGUAUUGCAGAGACAGACGAUGUAUUGGACGCCGGUCUUGCGCAGGAUAUGUUUGGCUAUGCGUCGAGAAAUCGCUUCGCUGUCCAGCAACCAGAAUACGAAGAGAUUGUACGCUUUUUCGAGCCUGUCAAAGAAUAUGUGUCCACAGCUCCAGAUCGUUUUCCCGAUCCGACAAAACGCAAACCCCGGAUGAUCGAAAAGCUUCCAGUGGCGCCACCAGAGCCUGCGAAGCCAGAGCCAGUGCUCUCGAAGGAAGAGCUCAGACUCCAGAAGAAACGUGAUCGACAGACUCUCAAUAUGCUGAAGAUCCGCCUGCAGCCUAUCAUGGAUCAGAUACGCACGCGGUACAAGAUGUUCAGAAAUGGUGUUAUUGACGAUAGUCAGAUCCGCUACCUUUACGACGAAGCAGAUCCGACCACCGUGACGUCUGAUUUGCCAGUCGAGAUACAAUCGCAGGCCACAUUUCGCCCAUUUGAGAAGGGCACCGAUGCUCAUGGCGUCCCGGGCCUCGUCGAGCAAGCAACAGACAAAUUCUUCUACAACCUCGACUCGGUUACCAUCGAAAAGCGUCUCAGCAAUGGCUAUUACAAGCGCCCCAAGGACUUCUUGUUCGACAUAAGUCGCUUUGCUAAGGAUGCGAAGAUGAUUGGCGACGAUAAUCGUCUGAUCAAAGCGAACGAGCUUCUUGCUAAUGUUGAAGUCGAUAUCGACGGCAUCGAGGCGCAGGAGCCUUUGCUUGUAGCUGCAUGCGAAAAGAUGUUCCAGAGAGAACAGGUUCGGGAGCAAGAGCUGAUUGCGAAGCAAAAGGCGGAAGCUGCUAACAAGGAUAUGCCGCCUCCUCGUCUGACGUCCAACGUGCCACCCAACGGGGCCUCAGUAACAACAGACUCUACCGUUGGACCUAUAAGACUUGGCAUUCCCAUCGCACCCAGCGGUCCAGACCUUCUGGCGACCUUCAAUCCAACGACGCCUUCUAGGAGUACGACUUCGGCUCUCACAAAUGGCAUUCACAAAGACACUUCGGCCACCAACACUGGAGAGCGCACUAAUGGCACAGUCUCUACGGAAGGACACAAAGCCGAUGUCGACGAUGACACGCCAAUGGGUGAGGCUGGAGAGUCAGCACCUACUUCAGGUGAGAAAAACAAUGAGACUCCGCAGACGAACUCCAGCUCCUUCAAUGGACAUGCAUCUGCCCAGCCCCGACACUACUAUCAGUACACUGCUCCGUCUCAGCAAAUGCAGGAGGCCGCGGGAAUGUCAAACCCUCUUUCGCAGACAGCUGGCAUCACGUCCAUGCGACAGGGCAGCCAGGCGGCCGACUACCACAACAGCGCUAGCACCACUGACACUCCGGUUGAGAAGAAGAAUUCCGGCGACAAGACCUCUGGGGCGUCCAAUGACAACAAUCGCCUUACACAAGACUCAGGACCUAACUUCUUCCCAUACGAUGAGACACUUGGCCGGGACUUACCAGCGACUCAAGAGCCACCUCACUCACAACGCCUUCAUACGGCGGACGACAACCACUCGCCUCUCGAACGCAUCCAGCCAGCUUCUGCACCAACCGUGCCUCUCUUCAACGACGUGGAGCCGAGCCCGCAGCGGCCCGUCGCACAGAGCCAGCCUCAACAAGGGGCUCAGGCUCAGGUUCGCCGACCGAGCACGCACAUUCAAGAUAUCCUGAACCCGUCGCCUGAGGAGCCUGAACAUAAGCUGGUGCUACCUUCGGAUGAAGUGCUCAGUCAGGCAAUAGAGCAAUUGGCCAAGAACUGUGCUACGAUGACGGUGGAACAGAUGGAGCAAACGAACAGUGUGGUCAUGGAUGUGAUCUGGAAGACGCGGGAGGAGUGGGAUCGACAGAAGGUCUUGGCUAGGGUGCUGGAAGCGGCUGCAGAAGUCAGGGCGGACAUGCAUGAUGUUACGCAGGUGCCAUUGGAUCUGCCGCGCUCGUCAGAUGGGAGUUAUUAG